AAUUAAAAAGUGUAGUAUUUAAAUAUAAGCUUGUUACCCAAUAAAAUAAGUGGAGAGGUAGUCGAAGGAAAUGUAAAAAUCUAACAGACGCUAUAAAUAUAAAUAAAAACGCUAUACGGUUGUUUAUGAAAACGGAAAGAAGUUGAGUAGUGCAACGAAAAUAAUGAAUACUUUGACGGUGUUACUUUCUUUAAGUUCCUUAUUAUUUCAGUUGACGUUUGGUAAAAGUUUACAAUUACCGGAUUACCUCCAAAAAUAUAGCUGUGUAAAAUCAGAUCCGGAUUACGAAAAAUGCAUUCUGGAAGGUUUUUUAGCUACCAAACCCUUCUUUUUGGAAGGUAUACCUGAAUUAAACGUACCCUCUAUGGAUCCUUACAAAGUAGAUGCGUUCGCUGUGAAUAGCAGUGUUGAAAAUUUGAUAAAAAUAGAUGCUGUUUGUCGUAACGCCGUGGUGACAGGCCUUAGUACAACUAUUAUUGAUUAUUUGAAAGCUGAUCCAAUAAAACACUAUGGCGAAAUAAAAUUGACAAUACCGUGGAUGUACGCCGAAAUGGAUUACGAUGUAAAAGGACAACUGCUUGUUAUUCCUUUGGAAAGCAGAGGACACUUUCAAGGAAAUUUCACUGAUACUAAAGCACAAAUCAAAGGUAGUUUGAAGAUGUACACUAAAGACGGAGUUGAUUAUUUCAAGGUCAACAAGUUGGCGUUGAAAGUGAGAAUCGGUGAUGGAUACGUUAAACUUACGUCCAAAGACAAAGAGCUUCAAUACGCAGCCGACCUUAUAUCGAAUUUCUUCAACGAAAAUCCUCGCCAAGUUUUGGACGCUAUCAAUCCUUUGUUCAUCCAAUACGCAGAGGUGUACGCCAGGAAAGAAAUGGAUCGUAUUUUGGCGACGGUACCCGCAUCGGCUUGGUUGCCAGAAUAAACUAUAUCAUAUAUUUGGUGGGGCGUUACUAGUCUUUUUCAAUACUUUUAAUGUUGUAAAAUGAUAUUUUUUUUAAUAAAUUUAUAAUAGAAUAAUA